UUAUCUUACCACAACUAAUCAGGCUUCAGCAAUUAAAGACUCGCUUUACUAAGCACCAGGAAGAGAAAAAACCGCGGGAAACCUUGAACGUUGUUAUGAUUGGUGUCGAUUCUGUUUCGAGAUUAAAUCAUGUUAGAAAUAUGCCUACAACACGUGACUACCUAUUACGUCAUCUUGAUGCUAUAGAAUUACAAGGUUACAACAAAGUAGCUGAUAAUACUUUUGUUAAUAUCGUUCCCAUGACAACCGGACGUUUGGUGGAAGAGUUACCGUGGAAUGAACAGAAAAGUGGAGAACCUUUUGAUCCAUAUAAUUUCAUCUGGAAGAAUUUUUCUUCUAGUGGCUAUUUUACUUUGUAUGCUGAAGACGACCCCCGGCUUGGCAUCUUUAAUUAUAUUAAGCGUGGAUUUCGCGUUCCACCAGCCGAUCACUAUUAUCGUCCAUUUGCUCUGGCCCUAGAGGGGGAUAACUCUGUAUGGACGUCGGAUCAUCAUUGUGUUGGUGACCGAUUUGAAACUGACAUGAUUCUUAAUUACACUAAAGAUCUCAUGAAAUUGUAUCACAGAGUCCCAUAUUUUGGUUUCAACUUCCUAAGCCGAUUAACUCACGAUUCAAUAUCGAACACGGCCUCAGCUGAUACUCCCUACUCAAACAUGUUCAGGGAUAUUGACAAUCAGGGCCUACUUAACAACACCGUGUUGAUAUUUUUCAGUGAUCAUGGAAUGAGAUUUGGAGAGAUCCGAGAAACAUACAUCGGUAAAUUAGAAGAACGACUGCCGAUGAUGUUUUUAGUUUUUCCAAAAUGGUUUUAUAAAAAAUAUCCCCAAAUAACACAAAAUUUAAAAAUAAACCGAAAUCGAUUGACGACACCAUUUGAUAUUUACGAAACUUUAAAGGAUAUUUUGUAUUUUACUGGUGACGUCAAAGGUGACGUGGAUGUUGAACAAAGGGGGAUAAGUCUAUUUGAAGAAAUUCCUGUAUCUAGAUCAUGUGACCAUGCUGGUAUAUUACCACAUUGGUGUACUUGUAUGUCGCAACAAGAAUUAUCUAACAAUGAUCAGUUUUAUAAUAUGAGCGUCAAUUAUUUAAUAACAUAUAUAAAUCAACAAUUCGUGUUAAAUAACGUUACAGACAUGUGUUGGCCAUUAAAAUUAGGACGUACGAAAUCGGUCCACGUCAUACAAAAUAACGAUAAACUUUUGAAGUACAAACAAAGUCUGAAUGACGUCAUAAACAGAACUGUGUCAUUUAAUGCCAAACGUGUGCUUUCAACAUAUAUUUUUCAGGUAGCAGUAUCACUGAUGCCCGGAUCAGGAGAAUUUGAAGCAUCGGUCCGGUACGACGAAACAACUGGAAACUUCACAAUGGCGGGGGAUAUUAGCCGAAUAAACAAAUAUGGACAUGAUUCAGAUUGUGUCCAUGGGAGUUUGCUUCAUAAAUUAUGUUUCUGUAAAUAAUAUUGAAAUCAUAUGAAAAUGUUGGCUCCAUAAAUUGUUCUAAUUGACAAAAAACUAUAUAUUGAAAUAUU